GACUCCAUCCAGACCGACAAAAAACCUAAAAAGGAAGAAAACCCAAAAACAAAAAGAGGAACCAGAUUCCAUCUCCUCGUUCUCUUCAUCUUUUCCCUUCAAUUUAUACUUCCAAAAUUCAAUCUUUGCUCUUUCUCUCACAAAUCCUUUUUCUUUCUACAAUACAACACAACCCAAUCUACAAACAACCAUGGCUGAUUCCCUCUUCACUCCUCGCAGCUUCACCUCGAGCUUUCUGCUUCUUUCUGCCUUCAUAUUAUCUCUUUUGGAGCUUCCUUUAAUGGUUAAAGGAAAUUCAGAAGGAGACGCACUCUACGCCCUUCGCAGAAGUCUGUCCGAUCCGGAUAACAUUCUUCAAAGCUGGGAUCCCAAUCUCGUUACCCCUUGUACCUGGUUCCAUAUCACUUGCAAUCAAGCUAACCAUGUUACUCGAGUGGAUUUGGGGAAUUCAAACUUAUCUGGACAUCUUGUUCCUGAACUUGGGAAGCUUGUACACCUGCAAUACCUAGAGCUCUAUAAGAACAAUAUACAGGGUUCGAUUCCGAAAGAGCUUGGUAACUUGAAGAACUUAAUUAGUUUGGAUUUCUAUAACAACAACAUCUCCGGGGUGAUUCCUCCUUCACUUGGGAUGUUGAAAUCACUUGUUUUCUUGCGACUUAAUGAUAAUCAGCUGACCGGUCCAAUUCCAAGGGAACUUGUUGAUGUUACUACACUGAAAGUUGUAGAUGUUUCGAACAAUAAUCUUUGUGGAACAAUUCCUACCAUGGGUCCAUUUGAACAUAUUCCAUUGAGCAACUUUGAGAACAAUCCUAGACUAGAAGGUCCAGAAUUGCUAGGACUUGCAAGCUACGACACAAAUUGCUCUUGAAUAGAGUAAGGCCGUGGUUGGAAAAGGUGCUUAAUUCGGUUUGGUAGUGAAGAAAUGCAAUUUGCUGCUUUAAUUACUACUACUACUACUAUAUGACUGCAUAUAAGUUGUUGUUAAAAGUGUGUAUUAAUGUAACAACAACCUAAGUAAGUUGCUCUUUGUUUAGCAAUGUCUGUGUGUGGCUGUUGGUAGUAGCAUUACUUGAGAACUCUAUAUAUCCACUAUCUUUGUUAUUCAACUUUAUUAUGAAAAAUAGUAGUUCUAACU